AAGAGUUUUUUGAAUUAGAAAAUAUUUUAGAUUUGUCAAAUUCAUCAUUUCAAACAGAAACAAGCAAUCAAUUAGAAGCAAAUAUUGUAGAUGAUAAUGAUGCAAGAUCUAGUGACUGGUUAGAAAAAUUUAAUCAAAAAGAAGAUUAUGAUCCAGCUGAAUUAGCAUGA